AUGUAUUGCGAUGUCCUGGAAGGCGGCCCUCGACGGGGACGACGACCGAAGCGAACCGUUCCGGUGGAUAACGAUAUCCAAAUGGAUGAUGCUCCCAGAGAGGACGUCGCGCCGCCAGCGCCAUCUCUCUCCCCGUCCCCGUCGCCAUCACCGCACGAAAUCGCCUUGCGAAAGGCAGACGAUGACAUUCGAAAGGCAGACAAGCCUCGUGUGUGUUUCCAAUGUUAUGGAAACCCUGCAGGGUUAGACAAUCAGCGUAUCCAGCAGUACUCGCGUCACAAGGGUCUGUUGCGACACUUCCGAACUGUGCAUCUUGAUGACCGUCACUGCAACUACUGCAACGAGUCGUUGGAUCACGAGAUGCAAUGGCGGAGACACCCAGGACAAUCACCGCUUGCGUAUUCGAUAUCUUGGGGACGUUCCUCCUGUUCAUGA